CCAGUGCUGAGACCGAAUGCAAUAUUUUAGCAGCAGCUGAGAGAGCUUAGCGCAGGUUCUGCAUGAGCGAGUGAGUUUGAAGUGUCUGUGCCUGGUGCGAGGUGUCGCCCAAAGAAGCAGUUCAUGGAAGAUCUGUGACUCUCUGGAUACCAUGUGAACGGAGUGAACCGAUGCUUUGGACGGGCGCCGAGUGGAGCAGCCUGCUCUUUCGAGCGUUGAAGCUUCUGGCCCUAUUCUGUUUCGCAGGAAGGUUGGAAGUAAAAGCCCAGCCGACGAAGCCUUUGACCCUCAGUACGCCCAUAGACACCCUGCAACACUUCGACGAUGGCGAUGAGGUUAGCAUACGAAUUAGCUACUCGACCGAGUCACUUGCCGAUGAGUUUGUUGUCUGCUUUCGCCAUUAUCUUAGCCCGGCCGCCCGCAAUCGCUAUAUACGAGCCGCACUUGAGCAAGGCGCGUACGAGAUCGUAUCGCGCGACAAGUUUGGCCACGUGGCGAGUGAUUUUGAAGUAAUACGGGCGACGUCAGCGAAUCUUGUUGACCGGCUAUGGGAGCAUCCUGAGGUGCGAUAUGUUUCCCCGCACAAGAGCGUGCGGAGGUUGUUUUCUGUGAUAAAUUCGACUGAUUCGUUGAUAAAUGAAUUCACUGGUGCAAGAGUUGCGAAGUUGGACGCGAGGUUGCCUGCACCUGCCGAGUCUCUAAACAAAGAAAAGGUUUCACAUCGAGGCGUGCAACAACAACAGCAACGUUCAAAAGAAUUGAGGGAAUCAACCGAAUCCACGAGGCCUGCCUCAAAAAAGUGGCGGUCCACGGAAAAACAAAGGAAAGUCAAGAAGAAGAGUGUUGCCUAUCAUGGUCCCGAGGUGUUCUUCGAUAUCGUUGGCGAGAAGCAUCAACAAAGUCGCAGACUCUUAAGAGCGUUAAACACAAAGCAGGUGACUCAAGUACUCCAAGCGGACACACUAUGGGGGCUUGGUAUCCGAGGGGCUGGUGUUCGAGUCGCUGUUUUCGAUACCGGACUGGGUGCAGAGCAUCCACAUUUUCGAGGCAUCCUGGAACGAACGGACUGGACAAAUGAGAAGACCACAGACGACGGGCUUGGCCAUGGAACCUUUGUAGCAGGCGUUAUUGCAUCAGACCAUCCGGAAUGUCGAGGGUUCGCUCCAGAAGCCGAAGUCUAUAUAUUUAGGGUUUUUACUAAUGCUCAAGUGUCAUACACAUCCUGGUUUCUUGACGCCUUUAAUUACGCUAUACUUAAGAAGAUUAACAUUCUCAACCUGUCGAUCGGAGGCCCUGAUUUUAUGGAUCGGCCUUUCGUGGAUAAGGUGUGGGAACUCACAGCUAAUAAUAUUAUCAUGAUCAGCGCAAUUGGCAAUGACGGACCUUUAUAUGGUACCCUGAACAAUCCAGCUGAUCAGAUGGACGUAAUCGGUGUAGGAGGCAUAAACUUCGAAAACGAAAUCGCAAAAUUCUCGUCUCGCGGAAUGACUACUUGGGAGUUGCCUUUAGGAUACGGACGUCUAAAGCCCGAUCUCGUUUCGUAUGGUAGUACAGUCUAUGGGUCAGCCAUGAAUGGUGGUUGUCGUUCGUUAUCAGGUACAUCAGUGGCUUCACCUGUCGUGGCAGGAGCCGUUACACUAUUACUCUCAGGAGUGCUUGACCUUUUCCCAUUGGUCAAUCCAGCUUCGAUGAAGCAGGCUCUGCUAUCAUCAGCUCGCCGACUAUCCGGACCGAAUAUGUUUGAACAAGGCUGGGGUAAACUAAACUUAAUUGAGGCCUAUCAGGCGUUGAGAGCGUACACACCGCAGGCCACUCUUAGUCCGUCCUACGUCGACUUCACAGAGUGUCCUUACAUGUGGCCAUACUGUACCCAGCCGCUGUAUCAUUCAGCUAUGCCAAUAGUACUCAAUAUUACCGUCCUCAAUGGGAUGGCUGUUUCCGGCCGACUCGUUGAACCGCCCAUCUGGAAUCCUUAUCUCCCACAAAAUGGCGACAUGCUCAAUAUAUCCUUUAGCUACAGUGAGGUCCUUUGGCCGUGGAGCGGUUAUAUGGCCAUGCAUAUUGUCGUCAAUGAGAAAGGGGCCGCAUUUGAAGGGGUGGCGCAAGGCUUCGUGAGCCUUACAGUGGAGAGUCCUCCAGGCCCAAACGAAGAAAAACCGCGAAGAUCUCGCAUUGAGCUGCCGCUUAAAGUCCGCGUAAUUCCAACACCCCCCCGACAUAAGCGUAUCCUAUGGGAUCAGUAUCACAACCUAAGAUACCCUCCAGGAUACUUCCCUAGAGAUAACUUGAAAAUGAAGAGCGAUCCGUUAGAUUGGCACGGGGACCACAUUCAUACGAACUUCAAAGAACUAUACACGCAUCUGAGAAAUACCGGAUACUACGUCGAAGUUCUCGGUGAACCUUAUACUUGCUUCGAUGCAAAAAAUUACGCUGUCUUGCUUGUUGUUGACCCCGAGGAGGAGUUCUUUGUCCAGGAGAUUGAGAAAAUCAAAAGAGAUGUCGUCGAGGACAAUUUAAACUUUGUUCUAUUCGCGGAUUGGUAUAACAGCACGGUGAUGCGGAAAGUUCGGUUCUACUAUGAAAAUACGCGCCAGUGGUGGUUACCUGAUACUGGAGGAAGCAAUAUACCUGCCCUCAACGAUUUGCUCGUUCAGUGGAAUAUCACGUUGGGAGACGGCGUUUUUGAGGGAAGUUACAAACUGGGCAAACAUGAUAUGUACUACGCGUCGGGUACAGAAAUUAUUGGUUUUCCCAAAGAGAUGCUAACAAUCACCCGAACACUCAACGACCAAGGAGUCGAAAUAAUUGGCGGUGAAAGCGGCACGGGGGGACAGAAACGACGUCAGGAGGUCGUUGUAGCGGGCAUCCUGCAGACUCGACAUAAUGAAAGAAAAGCCGGUCGAUUAUCCAUCUAUGGCGAUUCCAACUGUCUUGACUCGGCACAUUUGCAAAGAGAAUGUUUCUGGUUACUGAACGCAAUGCUUCAAUGGAGCACAACGGGACAAGCGCCUCCUUUGUUCUCAAAACAGGACGAUCACCGUGAUUCUAUGGAAGAGAACGAAAUUCACUCCACAUCACUGCCCCAAAGGGUGAAAGAUAAUCAGCUCCACAAACAUUCGAAGGUUCGAAGUGCCACAGGUUUGAAAUCCCUGAGUCAAUGUCGACGGCUAAAUUUUAGCGCCCCGUCAGUGGUUAACUCAUCGGCACCUAGCCAAGUUUACAAGCCACAGAAACUUCUUUCUGUCGACUUGAACCUAAACAUGUUGCGUCCACCAGUGAAGGUUAUCGAGCGCGUUGAGGAUGACCAGUUGAUGCCUAACGGAGAUGUAAUGGUAAAGCAGAUGCACCAAGUGCAUGACGUCUCCUCAGUGGAUGGCCCAUCGCUUCUAGUUCCCUCCGCGUGGCUAUGGUUCUCGCUCAAAUAUGGUUCUGCCCUUCUUGUCUUCUACAUUUUAUUACGACUUACGGUGAGGCGGCUUCUUCCUCGUCUGCUGUUCUUGGGUCAGCACAAAACCCGCCAGGUGACGGUUGCUUAAACGGUUGAGCGGCAGGGCAUAUUCGCUAAGAUGUGUGAUCACUUUCCGGAGAUCUCAGAGAGAGGACGAGCGGAUAGCAAAAACAACGCUCAGGAAAAUCAGCAGCCAACCUUGCCUGAUAAAGAUAUGGUGCACAUGAAAAGAAUGUCCUUCAGAACAAACGAAGACGCUAACGUUGCCAUGCGAAAUAUCGAAGUGCACAAAACCGUUUUUCUAGAUGAUCGGGACUACUACGAUGACCCUUCUAAUAAUAAAAAAACAGAUUUCUUUCGAAUGCAGGAGAACGAAAACUUCAAGUUUAUUCCCAUGAGAAAUAGUAAGCUGGUGACGUUAGCUCGAGGUAGUAAUAGUCGAGAUCAAGCACAACAAAAAUCGACUUCCGACUACCCGCAGCGUUACCGUCAUGAAUUGUGAUAGAGCAUUCUGCAGACUGGAGAGUUUCUUAAAGGACGGAUGGGUACUCGAUAUUGGAAUUAAAUUGGGACCCAUCAUUCGUGCUGACCACGACUAACGUAUCUAAAUGAAUUCAGCGAAUCGCUUCAAAUAAGGGUGUAUUAAUCUUACAAUCCUAAUAGAACGACUUUGCAGAAGUGCAAUGAGAUUGCUGUGAAGUCAAUGUACAAUACAUUGAAUUGAUUCUGAUAAAGAGCCUACUCUUGCUUGCUGCAGAAGCGACGUAAAAACGUUUCCUGUUAAAAGAAUUUUGUACUAGAGCUCAUUAGGUAUACUGUUCAGCUUCCUUGUUUCGAUCACGGAACGAAAGUAUUUUAGAUGUGAUGGGAAUAGAAUACGGUAAUGAAAAGGGCAAACACAAAAAAUCGCCGGAAGCAAAUGGAUCAGUCAGAGUGUGUAUUAAAAUGCACUGUUUGGGAUGUGGGUUAAGCAGUUGACCCUAUGUAUAUAUUUACGUAUACAUAUAGAUAAAUAAAUAUAGAUAUAUUUAUUUGUACUGAUGUAUUUGGAUGUUUCGUAAAAAACUAAAAAUAAGGUAAUGUUUUUAUAUAAGAACAUACUGUUUUUUCAGUCACUCUACACUAACGGUACGUCAGCUCCGUCUUGAAUGAGUGCAAUUUAUACAAUCUUGCCAUAUACACGAUAUUUGUAAAUCGAACCGGUACGGUAUACUUGUUCAUUUUCUAUUUCGACCUUCAUAUUUGCUGUGGAAGGGAGUGAAGAAUGAUACCGCUGUUAUUUUUUUAAUCAGAAAUAUGAGGUUUUGAAAAUUGUUUUGUUCUUGAUAAUUGUUUUUGAUAUCUUGGAAAAUGCUGGGUUCUUUCUGUAUUUGUAAUUACUAGUUUAAUUAUUUAGUAUGUCAAAGUUACUCAUUUAUUAUAGAUGUUUCUCCUUAAUUAGCGCUUAUCCAUAAUGAAACCUUUAGCAAGAAUUCCAGCUUAUCUUUUAGUUGCGCCGCCCAUUAAUUCCUUUUAUAUGAAUACAGUAAACUAUACCUAAAUUUUCUACUUUAAGAGAAAUGAUUCAUGUCUUAGGCAACUACAAGUAUCCUUUAAUUCCAUAAUGGCUGCCUUCGCAACUAAACUGUAAUAAAUCUUCCCUAUAUACAGUUUAGAAUAGUAUCCUAGACCACAUUUCUAUAUAAGAUGCAUAGGCGGAUCAAUAUAGGAAGAUUCCGCCUAUGCAAUUUUCCUAUUAUGUUUAUCCCAUUGGGUCCUACUAAGACGGACUUCAACUUUUCAUGUCGAGUGCAAUCUCAACGAACGUCAAGGUUAUGUGUACAGUUGACCAAGCUUGUAAACCUCCACGCUUACGCACAAUUGCAAAAGAGUUCUUAACCAUUGUCUAAAAAUAAAAGCGUCUUAUCGAGUACUAUAGAAGUGAAGUUGCAAUACACACGUUGCUACAUUGCAGCUCUCAGCUAACCAAUGCACAUUGUAAAGAAUAUAGCGUAAUACUUAUUUACUAAUUACUAGACCUAACUACACAAUAAGAUUCUGACAAGGGUUGGAUCCUACUAAAGCAUGUAGCUGCGCGAUUAAGAUGUCGUUGCGCAGCUAAAAACUAGGGAUUUAACUUCACUUUAAAUGUUUAUCUCUACACAUGUACUCAAAACGGGCAAAAAUGAACUUAUGUUUCCUAGCAAAACAGCUGCGUUCUGACCACGUGGACACGGUAUUUGCUUGACCACGGGCGUGAAUUGUUAGCAGGCAGGUAAAAAUUAUAGUUAGCUGUCUCGAAUGAAGCGGGCACUUAAAGCGAUAAUCACAAAAGCAGAUAUUAGGAUUUUCGCAGCAAAAUGAAUUGACGGUAAACGAUGAUACUGAGUCUACGAUUAGCCGCUGGCCAUAUAUGCUCGAAAAUACAGUAGACAUACCUUGAACAUGUCUUAAGUCAACGGUAAUAAAGUGCAAAACAGGAUAUUUAUGUUGGGCUAAAAAAAUUAUUCCAAUAAGCAGUAUAUAUAAAUAAAGUAAACUAAAGAAAACAAAGAUGCGGCGAGCACCACUAUACGAACCUACGAGCUCAAAACAAACAGCUUUGGUUUGAAUUUCAAUAAAGUACUAAUCCUUCGGCAACUGCAAUUAAUGCUGUCAUUGAGCAAAGUACCAAGGGCAUAGCGACCACAACAGUGUGGUACGGCUUCUGGUCAGCUUUAUAAGCCAGGCACAUUAGUAGAUUUGACAGAUGAUGCCACGGGUGAAGAGAGACGUUGAAGAUCUGUGUGUUCGUAUGGUUUCGUUUAGUCGGCCAACAGUCACUCGCGCUUCUGAACAAUUCAGUCAAAAACAAUGGUGUCCCCACAGUUCAACGAGUACAUUACCAUAGGCUAUGUCAGUUCUGGGGUAGCUUGCUGUAGGCCGUAUUGCUAAGAACAAAGAUAAUUGAGUAAGGCUGGAAGUCAGCAGACGCAGAAAAUGAGGGCUUUAAAAACUUCCGUAAUGUUGCGUUCUCGCAAUCUGUUUUCGGCGGCGACGAAGUCGACGCUGUCUGGGAUUCAGUUGAGUACUAAGCAUCGUACAUUAAAAAUUCUCGCGAGUACACGAGCACAUUCAUGCCAAAACGGGUGUGUGGUGGUUAGUCAGUCUUUCCGAUGGAAAUUAGUUUUGCUGGGACAUUGAAGCGACGAAGACGGCACGUCGAUGAGCGUGCCUGCAUACCGGAGUUACUGUCGUUUGUACUCAGCAUGUCGUUUAGGUAUGGUUAGCCCAGUUUACGGGAGCGGACUGCGGCAGGUAUAUGUGAGAUUUUUAAUUAGAGUGCACUUGACUAUGAACUCUGCGCGAGCAAAAUUCGAUUAUUAACAGGACAACGCGCGGGCAGUCGGCUGAAGCAAAUGAGGUAACUAAACAAUUAUUGUCGGGCUGUGAAUAUGCGAGCAUGUCUUGACGACCAUACAGAACUGUGGCCUAGAAACGGCUACGUGAAAUUGAAUGGGAUGAGUUUCUGAGUGUUAUACUAUUGCUUAUUACUAACGAAAGUUUCGUGCUCUGCUGAUCUCGCGCAAACUUUACUGAACCUAUUAAAGUUAACCUGCUCUUGGCACUUCAACACUAAACGGACCACGUGUCUACAAGCUUGUCCCUUGUUCAUGAUGUAGUUGGUACACCUCAAGCGUUAUUACUACUUUGUGAGGGUGAAAAAUUACUCCAUAGACAACACUGACCCCGCAAAAGGCUCCCAGCUGCUGCACGCAGUCGAACUCGUAGUAUAAUUGCAAGACCGAUCUGUAACGACAAUAACGUUAGCGAGUGUCGCACGGAAAAGAAUGCGCGUAGCAUAACAGCCAUAGCGAUACGCUGAUAUCACAAGGGACCCUGCAGACGAUGCACAUACAUGCGACUCGUCGUGCAAGCGUGUGUUGACAUGAGUAUGGCCAUGAAAGCGUACAAGGCAUGGUAGGGUUAGCGAGUUUUUGAAUGAACACGCACUGGGCGGGUUAUGCCUAGUCCUGUCAGAUCAGCAGUACUAAUUGAUAAUGUGAGCUCUAGCGUCGUCGUUCUGGUACGACAACCUUAGGUUACAUAGUCUUAUUCGUCGCCUUAAAAGGCCGUACUUUUGUCAAAAUGGAAAUUUAUAGAAUGUUAUCGUACGAAAUGUGGUCGCCAGGUGUUUUGUGUGUGGAGAUCUAGCCGUCCGAAGCAAUGCUUAGCGGCUGUAAUGAGCGUCAGAUAUCCAACAUGUAAAUGUCGGCGUGGCAAAUGCGGCAAUACGGACUAUCUAACAAUAAAACAGUGUCAAGAUUUUUGAGGAUAUGAAAACGUCAGCCAGCGCAUCACUUAGGUUAGUAUUAUAAUAUUCAGAGGUUUGCACUAUAAACAUGUUUUAUACCUUUAUACACACAGUUGUCAAUUCUUUGAUAUUAUAAUAAAAAUUUAAUACGCGUAAUGUUCAUCUUGUAAAACAUGGAUAUUUAUAUAUUAUAUAUUUCAAUACAUAGCGGUUGCCCAAAAAUAGACGUUGCUCGGUUCUGAUCUAACGUAUCAUACUACUUUACCUUUAGCAGACAAAAAAUCUUGGUCAAAAAUAUUAUCCCUGACGAACUUAAUACACUGGAAGUAUAGAAGGUAUCCUUCCUCUAAAGUCAACUGAAGUGCUGGCACAUACUCCAAAUUCUAGCUAAACGUUUAUUUUUAGCCCAGUUUAAUAGUAUCUGCUUCCUGUAAAUAAACCUGUCUAGUUUUUUCUCAACAAAGAAGCGUAAUGGAAACGACUAUUUGAUUUGCAUCUUGGGUGAGAACAGAUUCUCUAUACCAAUCGACAUUGACAUGACAGGUAUAUGUGAGUAUUCAUUCAAGCGAAUCAUCUAGGACCAAUUAUACAGAUUUUGGAUCGAAAAUAUUGUUUCUUUCCAUUCGGGUAGCACAUCGUUCAGUUUUGAACUGUUUUUGCUUUACAUUAUCAAUUAAUAGCAAAACUUAUUUGCUAUGUGAGUACUUUAUGAACCUAAAUAAUUACGACACUCGAAAACUAAUUAUAAAUUCAGAAAAUUUUAUUUUCAUUUCCAAAUCAUUCUGACCAAUAUUCUGUCGCAGUCUGAAUCCAGACAUAAUAGUAUAAACCAAAGAAAUUUUGCAUACUUUUUUCUGCUUCUAAUAUUUCACGAACUGCAUAUUUAACGAUUCGAGCGUACUUCAUAACACCAAGGACGUAGCAUCACGUCUUUUAGGUCAGCCGUGUCGCGUUUUUCUGUGUUUUGCCUUUGUUCACUCUUAUGUUCCGUUCAGAGUAACAAGUAUCACAUUUGUCUAUAGUAGCAGUAAUCGUUAAUUAAGAUUUAAGUCGUAGAAUAAUUGACGAAAACCAAAAUGGGCGAAACACCGCUUGUUGCCCUAAAAAACCAUUAAUUGCGAUGUGAAUAACAUAAUAGUGAUAAUGAUAAUAAAUCUGUAAUUUAAACAUUUUGUCUAUCGUCAUCUCCUUCUUGGUUUUCGUAUUAAUCGCAUUCUUUUUUCAUGUGAUUCAUAUAUAUAUAUAUAUAUAUGAGGUAUCUAAUGAACAAAAAAUUGCGUCUUCCUCUUCGACCCUGUGGUGCCGCUUUCUUCUAUUUCUUAAAGGAUUGAUACACUACGGUAGCGGCAGGAGAUCUCUUAUGACAACAGUUUUUCACAAUUGUUCGUUAUCCGAGAGAAUACAUCGCACAUAUAAUUUUAUUUGUAGUAAUUAUUAUUCAUUUUGGCAAAAAAAUCUUAAUUUAAUUAAUUAUAUGUUUAAAGAACAACAAUUGGGUCGGUAUACCUCUUGUACAGAAUUGUUGUGUUAUCAUACACAGUAUACGUACCAAUCCUCAGAUUUUUAACAAAUAAACACUUUUUGUUUCUCUGAGCAGGUUAUGCAUUCACAGCUACAGUGCUAUUUGCACAACAUUUUUAUUGACCAAUUCAUUUGAUGGCAAGCGCCAAGUACUACCAAUGGGCGACUGCCUCGUGCAAAGUAUUUAAAUUAUGGUAAUUUUGAGCCGUUAAUUCGAUCUGGCUAUUAUGGCGCUACCAUUAUGAUCAUACCUUUGUUACACCUGCUUUUUUGCAAUUCGUUAAAAAAACCCUAUCCGUCUGUCUUGUACAUGCAUAGCCAUAGUUUACGUAUCAAUUCGCUAAUUUCCUCAGCUGGACCUUACGCUGGUAUUUUAUAGUUUCACUCCAGAACUUAAACAAUGGGCAACAUGUAUCCUUCGCCGGCUCCUGUUUCUUCUCUGUGUCACUCCAAUCGAUUCUCCGUAUCUUGGUAUAUAUAUUUUUCAGCUUAAAUCCAGUCCGGUCGUGCUCCCAUUUUCUACACAACUAAUAUAUAUAUAUAUAUAUAUAUAUAUAUAUAUAUAUAUAUAUAUAUAUAUAUUCCUUAAAACCAUUUUUUGUUAAUUUCUUUAGUUUAUCGUUAUUUCUCAUCGUUUUGUCACUAUUAUUUCUCCAAUGUUGAAGGCACAAAAUUUGUUUAUUAGUUAAAGCACGCACCUGGCCACGUCACAAUGACAAGUCGUCUUAUAGCUUACAAUUACAAUUGCAAACUACUGAAACAAUCAUCAGCGUUGACGUGACAGGCUUAUUUUUUAGCGUGCUACCUUUUUCCUAUUUUGUACAAAAUUCAGCAUUGAGCAGUUGCCUUCUCACUGCCCACGCGUGCACGGACAAGUCAUCGUAAUGUCAUACUUGUAUUAUCACAGUGUCACUUCUAUGUUUUGUUGGUCGUUUUCGUGUUUGUAGUUUCUAUUCGAAUCUUUCGGUAACUUAGUUUUUGUUUGGUCAAUUUAUCCAUUGACUAGCACUGUGAUUGCAGUAUUUGUAUUCCAGUGUGAUUAGAUUUUUCGCGCAUUUUUUUGGCGGCCGGUGGAAAGUACCCCUUAUUUUUUAUUUUUGUCGAAACGUAAAAUGUGUGUAGCUUAAAACUUGUUGAGGCAGCAUUUGUCCCCCUUCA